UAUAAAAAUUAUAAUACAAAAAAAUCAUUACCAUGGUAACAUCUUUACUAAAUUCUCAAUCUACACUCACACACAUACACCCAUCCUUUUUGACACAAAAACAAAAAUUUUAACGUAAUCACCCUAGUGCGUUCUUAUUCAAAAUGAUAAAACAUAUCAGCCUUCUAUUUACUGCAUCAAACAGAUUAUUACAGACAAAUAAUUACUUAUGCAGUAAGAGAGCAUGCUUUAGCAAAUGGAACAAAUAUAGAAAUUGUGCUCCAUUUCUAAAAACGAUUUUGCCACCUGGCAUGCAAAUGGUGAAAAAUGCUAAACUCCACAUUUAUUGCCCCACCUUCAGGAGUAGAAAGAGCUGGUGCGAUGUACAACUUGUGGCAAGCGAUGUAGCCAUAUCGGAUAACGUCAUGCUGGUGAAAGUGAACAUGAAAGGCUUCAAACAUGAAAAUAUCUCAGUCAAGGUUGAAGGCAACUGGUUACUGAUCGAAGCACAUUCAAGCGUUGUAAACAAUGGCAAUUCUCCUUCUUUUAGUCAAAGGCAUGUCAUGAGACGCUAUGAAAUUCCAUCCAAUGCUGCAUUAAACGGCAUCAAAUCAUCUCUUGACAAAGGCAAAGAUGUUCUUUUAGUAACAGUACCAAGAAAUAAACCAAGUGAUAACCAACCAAGUAAAUCCGAAAAACCGUCUCAAUAAAAAAAUAAUUGAAAACAUUCAA